UCCACGCUCGGAACAAAGGGGAGAGACAUUUUCCAUUGAAGAAAUGAGAUCAAUAAUUCUGACUCUAGAAUGAUUUGUAAUUCAUACAUUUAACACACGAAUUUGGCCCCGAAAAAACGGAACACUAAACAACGAGGACUUUGCGAGUUGAUAUUGUAUUAAAUUGCGUCCAAUCCUGACACUAACCUGGGCACAAACAGCAAAAAGUUUGCAGCAACACUUGACCUAUCGUCAUCAUGUUACGACUGAUACUGUAAGCACUGAUUUCUGCCACAGAAGUUAAUGGAAUUUAUACUAUUGAAGAGUGCUUUCUGGAUUCUCGUGCUUUUGGUCUUGCUAUGGCUAUCCAAGCUCAGUUCGGCUGUAAACACUUCGGAUUGUUCGACACACUUGGUACGCCAUGGUGUACGGCGGGAAUUAUGGCAUGGCUUGAAUGGAGGAUACUUCCUAACACACCUCACAGAAAACGAACGUUUCAUACAAAACAAACCAGAUAAAACAAGUGUUCUGGACACCUUCAAUCCACCUCAGAGCUUUUCGACAUUUUAUGGUCAGCGACUGAGUGCAUUUUUUAUACCGAGUAUCAGUGGAGCUUAUACUUUUGUAGCGACUUGUGAUUCUGAAUGUAAAGUUUUACUUAGUAAAGAUGAAGGUCCUAGACAUCAACAAACUAUUAUUAACUUAGAUCAAGGACAUAAGACAGGAUACAACGAAUGGAAUAGAUUUCCUGAACAGCGGUCGUGCCCACAAGAUCUAGAAAGCCACGUGGUGUACUACUUGGAAGCUUUGCAUUCUAACCACAAGGCAAGAGACCACUUUCGUCUUCGGAUCAUUCCCCCAGGAAAGCAAGACUUACAAGAUAUAGAGAAGAAAUACUUAGUUCCCUACGAUAAAAAUUCUUUAGAAUGUUCUGUGCUCAAGACGGAUUGCGGGAUUGUUUGUGGAGGAAGCAAAAACACUUUUAUAAGACCAGUGAAUAAUGUUACCAAGUUUUGUGACUUUACCAAAUAUAUUCCAGUUAAACCAACUUCUUUGCCAGAUUAUUUUCUUAACGUCUCUACCACAGUAACAAACUCAACGUCCAUCAACGUGUUCUGGCAUUUUGUCAAUAGUAUUUUUCCAAGUGGAAUCUCUGAGUAUAAUUUGUUAUACAGCUAUAACACUACGAUACCACGAGAUGACGGGCAGAAUAUCACACAACGAACGUACAGCACAAUACUUAGUGGAAACUUAUCUGCAGUCACUUUAAAUGGAUUGAGAAAAUUUACUAUUUAUUGUAUUCGAAUUGUUUAUAUUGCUCGUACUGUCAAAGGAGAUUCAGGUUGUACAUAUGCACAAACACACGAAGAUGUUCCAAGCAUGUCACCAUCACUACAAGUCAUAAAUAAUGCUAUGACGUCAAUACGUGUUACCUGGCAACCACUACAGGAACGUUAUAUACAUGGUGUUUUACGAGGAUACAGAAUAAAGAUCACCAACAUGAAUGAGUCAAGCAGUCUACCGGAGGUUAUUGUAACCGGAAGUGACGAAAGUUUUAAAAUUGUGAAUGGAGUCAAGAGACAAACAUAUUAUUGUGUGCGGAUAUUAGCUUUUACCAGUAAAGGAGAUGGGCCAUUCAGCGAGUGUGUUUUUAUUCUAACUUUAACUGAAGAUCAUUUGCUAAAUAUCACAACAAUUACAACCAGCUCAACUACAAUUCAAGUUUUCUGGAAUUUCGUCAAUAACUACGUCCCUAAAGACAUCAAUGGAUAUCGCUUAAGCUACACGUAUAACAUGACCAUACCUGGAUCGAUAUCUGAGAAACACAAUGUAACGCUUAGGACGUUCACUACAAUAAUUAAUAGAAAUCUAUCAGCAGUAACUCUAACUGGAUUACAGAAAUAUACUCUGUAUUGUAUUCAAAUGGAAUAUUUUACUAGUGAUGACGAGGGAGGGUCAAAUGGCUGUACGUAUGUCAAGACACACGAAGACGUUCCAAGCAUGUCACCACCACUACAAAUCAUGAAUAUUGCUAUGACGUCAAUACGUGUUACCUGGCAACCACUACAGGAACGUUAUAUACAUGGUGUUCUACGAGGAUACAAAAUAAAGAUCAUCAACAUGAAUGAGUCAAGCAGUCAACCGGAAGUUAUUGUAACCGGAAGUGACGAAAGUUCUAUUACUGUGAAUGAAGUAAAGAAGUUCAAUCUUUAUUGUGUGCGGAUAUUAGCUUUUACCAGUAAAGGAGAUGGACCAUUUAGCAACUGCACUUCUAUCGUUACAUGGACAGAAGAUUUGUUACCACAAACAACGAUACAUAACUACACCGGAAUUACGUCAUUCAACAUCACGUGGGCACCGUUGCCUGGUUACCUACGCACUCAUCUGAUUGGUUAUCUUUUGUCAUAUACUGCAAUCCAACACGCUGAUAAAGACCUAGAGAAUGAGCAUUCAUAUGUCAUGAACGUUACAGCUAACGUCACGCACACUAGCGUGACAGGUUUGAGGAUCUACACUGUGUAUAGAGUGGAGAUAAGACCGUUGAUCAGAAUAGGAGUGGGGCGCACAAGACUUGUUUUGAUUGCAGCCACUUGUAGGUGUAACCCCAUUAUGAAGGCCCUAUGGAGUCCAGUCCCCCCAUACGCGGUCAUAUCAUCAACAUCUACUCCAACUGGUCUGAUACCACGAAUCCUCUCCGAUAUGGUGGGAUAUUCAUGCGGGCAGUGCUCAGAACAUGGUCUUCCUCGGAUCAUCUAUCAGCUUGACCCUCAAGGCUCCUACAGGGGGAUCAGAGAUACUGAAAUGGAUCGAGAUAACGUUGACUUUAUCUUUCCUGUUCGGCAAUCAAAGGACAGACAGACAACUCCCAAUGGAAAUUACUACGUACCCCUCUUGGAAGUACCCGGGUUUGCGUUUUUGACUUCUGUUAAGACAGAAAUGGCUUAUGCAAGACAGGUUGCGUCUUCGGUGUUUCACUGUUGGCCGAUUGUUGCCAUUAGUUUAUCGAUGACUGUUGUAUCAGGAUUCUUCUUGUGGAUUCUGGAAGCAAUUACAGACCGCCGUAAAUUACCAGCUCACUUCUACCAAGGGGUGAGCGAAACGGUGUGGUGGGCAUUCGUCACCAUGACAACCGUAGGGUAUGGUGACAGAGUUCCUAAAUCUCAUAUCGGUCGAGUGUUCAGUAUUGCAUGGUUCUUCAUAGGAUUAGUUACUGUUGCCCUGUUGGUUGGUUCAAUAACGUCUUCUCUCUCAGUCAAGAUUCUAAAUGAACAGCUUUACGUCAAGCGUGACAAAAAGCUAGCAUCUCUUGACAACCCACUGGAUUACAGGGCUUUGAUGAGAGUCGAUGAAAGAGCAACGACACGAACAACAUACGAAGAUCUCGAGAACCUAGCAGAAGCUCUAAAAGUUGGCCUUGCCGAAGGUAUCAUCGUGGAUAUGUACAUGGCAGGAUUUCGAACAGACUUGUUCAACGGUUCAUGGUACAAAGUUUCCAGCAUAUUGAACGAGAAGUUCUAUUAUGGUGUUAACAUAGGAGGAGGUGCAGCUAGGCUAGCAAAGAGGUUCCAGGAGUAUGCCACUACGACAUAUGAAGUAGAGAUCAAGUUACUUCAAGAAGAACGAGAGAAAAAAACUGUUUCGAAUCAAUUCAACGUGCACUCUCAAACAGUACGCCAAGAGAUUGAUCUGCUUGAUCCAAGCACAACGAUGUAUCAACUGACUGUAUUUUUUCUAUUGGCUGCUCUUGGUUGUGCCGUUGUUGCAGGAAUGUUAUUCUACUCUUGGAAUAAGAACAAGGCCAUUGACAAGUACGCUCAAGUACCAAACCUAAGCCCCGCUGAACAGUACAAAAGAAGCAAGGAGGAAAUGCGAUUUUUACUGGAAACGUUUUAUAGACAAAUGUUAAAGAUUCACACGGAGCUGAAAGAAAAACACCGAAGACAAUGGAUAGCGUACGCUAAGCAAAGGAAAGCUAGAAAACAUGAGAUCGUUUGGUUGUAGGGUAGGGCUUGCUGUAUUAGGGACCUUAAGCUGCAGGACGGCAAGGUGGGCGAGAACGUCGGCGAAAUUGAGGCGCUUCAACCUUCUAUUGUAUUAUUAUUUCGUGUUUACCUAGUAUUUUACUCAAUAAGCAU